AUGGCGUCUCUACACACAACUAUCAUGCUGUUCCUAGCACAUGUGCUGCUACUUCUAGGGUUGCCCGCGGGCCUCGUCGAUGCCGUACCAUUGGGUCAAGAGACGGGAAUCACGACGAAUUUGGCUGCCAGGGCGGGAUCAGACUAUUGGGUUGGAACUAUCAAGCGACAGGGUGCUGUUGCUUUUGGCAAUGGCACAGACUAUCAGGUAUAUCGUAACGUAAAAGACUUUGGUGCUAAGGGUGAUGGGUCGACCGAUGACACGGUUGCUAUAAACCAGGCUAUUGCAUCUGGGAACAGAUGCGGUAAGGGUUGUGAUUCAUCCACCGUCACUCCUGCCCUCGUGUACUUCCCUCCUGGUACUUAUGUCGUCUCCAAGCCAAUCAUUCAGUAUUACUAUACUCAAAUCGUUGGCGAUGCCAUUAACCUGCCUGUGAUCAAGGCGGCUGCGAACUUUGCCGGCAUGGCUGUGAUUGAUGCCGAUCCUUAUAAUGAUGACGGCAGCAACUGGUACACCAACCAGAACAACUUCUUCCGUGCCGUUCGUAACCUUGUCAUCGAUUUGACUGCCAUGCCUCAGGGAUCUGGUGCUGGUAUUCACUGGCAGGUGGGCCAGGCGACCAGUUUGCAGAACAUCAGGUUUGAGAUGGUGAAGGGUGGCGGCGAUGCAAACAAGCAACAGGGCAUCUUCAUGGACAACGGAUCUGGUGGUUUCAUGUCAGACUUGACUUUCAACGGUGGUAACUAUGGCAUGUUCGUAGGAAACCAGCAAUUCACUACCCGCAAUUUGACCUUCAACGACUGCAACACAGCCAUCUUCAUGAACUGGAACUGGGCUUGGACCUUCAAGUCAGUUGCCAUCAACAAUUGCCAAGUCGGUCUGAACAUGUCCAACGCUCCGCAGAACCAGACUGUGGGCUCUGUCUUGAUUCUUGAUAGUCAACUUACCAACACACCCACCGGUGUCGUUACUGCUUGGACCGAGAAGAGCAUUCCCAUUGGCGGAGGUGCCCUGAUUCUUGACAACGUUGACUUCAGUGGUUCCAAGGUUGCGGUUGCGGGUAUUACCGGUAACACUAUUCUGGCUGGCGGCUCCGUUGUCUCAAACUGGGUCCAGGGCAAUGGUUACAUCCCUGGCAGCACGAAGCAGAAGCGUGAGGCUUCCGUGAGAGUGAUUACUGAAACUGUGACGGAGACCGUCGAGGUCUGCACUCCUGAUUAUACAGAGUCCUCGCAUUCACUGACGGCCGUUCCUUCGGCAUCGGGAGAGAGUCGUACUGCUGGGAUUCUACCGAGUCUUCCAAUUGUGGGCAGUUUGUUAGGCUCUGAAUCAUCUGCCACCCAGCCCACUGAAGCACCUACCCCUGAGGUUCCGGAGCCCACUGGUGCUGCCUCAACUCCAGCGGCUGAACCAUCUACUGCUGUUCAGCCAACUCCCAAGCCGUCCGCGCCUGCACCUUCACAGCCAGAGGCUCCAUCCAAGUCCACUGUGACCGGGUCCGUCAUUCCACCCAAGCCGUCCCAAACUGUCCAGGGAUCGUCUUCGGCCGUCCAUGGCACAAACGUCUGCUCCGUCAAAACGGUCACAAAGACUCGUCUCCAAACUGCCCUCCCAACUCAUGCUAAGCCCGACUCCCUGCUCGCUGGUGGAAAGGUGUACGAGCGCUCCAAGCCUCUGUACACGAGCUACGCUGCCUCUUCGUUCAUCAGCGUCAAGUCUGCGGGCGCCAAGGGAGACGGCUCGACCGACGACACCGCCGCUAUCCAGAAGAUCCUGAACAGCGCCACAGAGGACCAGAUCGUGUAUUUCGACCACGGAGCCUACAUCAUCACCGACACCAUCAAGGUGCCCAAGAACAUCAAGAUCACCGGUGAAGUAUGGCCCGUGCUGAUGGCCCAGGGUCAGAAGUUCGCCGAUGAACAGAACCCUAUCCCCAUGCUGCAGGUCGGAGAAGUAGGCGAGACCGGCUCCGUCGAAAUCACCGACAUCGCCCUGCAGACCAAGGGUCCGGCGCCCGGCGCAAUCCUCAUGCAGUGGAACGUCGCCGAGGCCUCCCAGGGUUCCGCCGGCAUGUGGGACACGCAUUUCCGUAUCGGCGGAUCAGCAGGCACCGAGCUGCAGAGCGACAAGUGCGCCAAGACGCCGAAGCAAACCACCACGCCCAACGAAGAGUGCAUCGCCGCAUUCAUGCUCAUGCACAUCACCGAGAAGGCCAGCGCUUAUAUCGAAAACUCCUGGUUCUGGGUCGCCGACCAUGAGCUCGACCUCCCCGACCACAACCAGAUCAACGUCUACAACGGCCGCGGCGUCUACAUCGAAUCCCAAGGCCCCGUCUGGCUGUACGGUACCGCCUCCGAGCACAACCAGCUGUACAACUACCAGGUCACCAACGCCAAGAACGUCUUCAUGGGCCUCAUCCAGACCGAAACCCCUUACUACCAGGCUAACCCCAACGCCCUGACCCCCUUCACCCCGCAGACGAAGUGGAACGACCCCGACUUCUCCUACUGCAAGACCGACGGCUGCCGCAAGGCAUGGGGUCUGCGCGUCCAGAACACCUCCGACAUGUACGUGUACGGUGCCGGGCUGUACAGUUUCUUCGAGAACUACGGCCAGACCUGUCUGGCGACGGAGUCCUGCCAAGAGAACAUGGUCGAGGUCGACUGCUCUGACGUCCACAUCUAUGGACUGAGUACCAAGGCUAGCACGAACAUGAUCACGUCGAACAGCGGCGCCAGUCUGGUUCCCCAGGAUGAGAACAGGAGCAACUUCUGCUCGACUAUUGCGCUGUUCGAACAAUCGUAA